AUGGGUGAGGCCAACAACACAGCAAAAGACACGUUUUUCCUAGUGUCCUUUUCGGACUUUCCGCAGUUGCAGUUAAUCCUCUUCGUUUUGAUACUUCUAAUGUAUAUUAUAAGUGUAACUGGGAAUUGUGCAAUUAUUGUCCUAGUUAAGGUGGAUCCAUCUCUUCAUACCCCAAUGUAUUUUUUUAUAAGCGCUUUUGCAACUUUGGAAAUUUUAUUUGUUUCUGUCACUGUUCCAAGGCUCCUGUCUAGUCUUAUUUCUACCAGCAAUUCCAUAUCUUUCAUUGUUUGUUUUGCACAAUUAUAUGCUUUCAAUGCUUUAGGGGUGACCGAGUGUUGUCUCCUUGCUGUCAUUGCCUUUGAUCGAGAUUUGGCUAUCAACAACCCCUUACGGUAUUCAGCCAUCAUGACUCGUGAAUUCUGUGUCUGGCUGGCCAUUUUACCGUGGAUUGGUGGCUUCAGCAUUGGAUUAAUCCCCAUUAUCUUUACAGCCAGUUUAAACUUCUGUGGUUCUCAUGAAAUUAACCAUUUUUACUGUGACUUGUCAGCUUUGCAGACUCUAUCUUGUUCUAGCACUUUAGUUGGGAAUGUGGUUACAAGCUUUAUCACUGCCCUGGCUGGAUUAGUCCCAUUCCUGAUUAUUAUUGGAUUCUACAUCCAUAUUAUCGUAACUGUUUUCAAAAUGAAGAGUGCCGAAAGCAAGCAGAAAGCGUUGUCCACCUGUUCAUCCCAUCUUGUGGUAGUCAGCCUAUUUUAUGGGACUGUUAUCAUUAUGUACAUACGACCUCGAUUCAGCCAUUAUGACAAGUUUCUUGCCCUCAUAUACACAGUCAUCAUACCGCUGCUGAACCCUUUUAUUUAUACCUUAAGAAAUCGGGAUGUAAAGGGAGCUAUUAUGAGAGCAAACCUGUAA